GUAUCUCGGGAGAGGAAUGACAAGACUAAACCCAUCCUCUGUGUUGUAUGCAAUAACAUGUUGAUGGGUAAUCACCAACAGGANNNNCCGUGGUUAAUCAUCAGUCAACAACGAGAUGUAGUUGACCGAUUGAGUAUACUACCCAAAUGUAUCAUUGCUAGCUCCCUAGAUGAUGCAGUCGUGUGA